GAGGGAGCGCUUUCAAAACGAGAGUGGUAGACCGGAGAACGUCAGAGACCGGAGGGGGACCACAGUGACUGACAGAGCAUUUCCUCAUAUGCACGCAGACAAAGAGAGAAGGACAAGGAGGCAAGCUGCACAUCUGUUUUCUUCUCCCACCUGUGCACACUCAAUCACCUCUCGGCAUACACGCACAGCAGAGCAGCAUGUUUUACUGGAGACUCCCCCUGGCAGUGGGUGCGUGGUCUAUUUGUGUGUGUCUGAGUCUGACCUACGACGACGAUAUCGAAGUCAACUAUGCCGACACCUACUACAACGAAAUCACAGAGGAGGAAACACCAGAGCCCACACCGAGCGCUACCCCCUGUAGUUCUCCAGACCUCACUAAGUGGGACAAAAUCUUCUCAAUGUUGGAGAAUAGCCAAAUGCGGGAGAACAUGCUUCUCCAGUAUGCCGAUGACAUUGUCAAAGUGGAGAUGGGGUCUCUGCGUGGGGAAAUACUCAGGUUUGUUUCUCAGUACGGCGGUUCAUGCGGGGCUGCAGUGGAAACAGCGGGAAGGAGGAUGGCUUUGCAGCUGGAAGGCCGACUAAGGGAAUCCCUUGAACGAUUGAAAUUUGGAGAUUACAUUCCCACCGCUGAUGCUAAUUCUGUUGGGAGUUCAAAUAACCUGGAGGCAAUGCUACAACAGCUUCUCUCCGCCACACGAAGUCAAGCGACCCGACUUGGCAAGCUAGAAACCAGCUGCUUCAGCAACCCGGGAGGUGUGAAAUCACCAUCGCCUCUUCCACAGGGUGGAAGAGUCGGACACAGAGAGCAGGAGGUCACAUCCCACGAAGUAGCCUUGGAAGCAGCCUCGGCUGCGCUGCAGCAGACAAGAAUGGAGAUCCAGGAGGUACUCAGUUCAUCACGGCGCAGACACCUCCCUGCAGGCAAUGAGAUGGCAAUCCUCUUCCCAAUGCGUUCCCGUCGCAUCUACACAUCCGUGAUACCCGAUGUCCCACUUUCACUGUCCUCCUUCACUGUCUGCCUUUGGGUGAAGCCAGUCACAGUCGCCAACAAAACAGUUCUGUUCUCCUAUGGCAACCGCCGCAACCCCUAUGAGAUCCAACUCUUGCUCAGCCACACAUCAGCCCAGUUCACCAUAGGAGGAGAGACUCACCUGGUGGAAGCACGGGAUGUAGUCAACCCAAAGGGUCCUACAGAAUGGCUCCACCUAUGCGGGUCUUGGUCCUCUGAGCAGGGCCUGGCAUCCUUGUGGGCAGGUGGGCAAAAGGUUGCUUCCACACCCGGAGUGGCAGAAGGACACAUCCUGCCAGACGGAGGCUCACUCCAGCUAGGACAGGAAAGGAAUGGUUGCUGCUCUCUGACCCCAAGCAGCAGUGGGAACGGCGUGCCGGGGUUUGAGGCAGGGUUCGAUCCCAAGCUGGCGUUCACGGGCACAAUGACGGGAGUGAACAUGUGGGAUAAAGUGCUAACGGAGGAGCAGAUUUCCCUGCUGGCCUUGAAAGAAGGCCAGCAGGGCUGCGAGCAGAGGGGAAACAUCGUGGCGUGGGGUGUGACAGAGAUGGUGCCACAUGGAGGCGCUCUAUUCAUCAACUAAAAUAGACUCUGUGAACUCCAUCAGCAUUGU